GGCGGGAAAAGAAGGAAUGGAGCGACGGGGACGCUGGCCAUGCUCACAGGUGGACAUGCCCCACGUAGAGUGCAAGGACCAGGAGCCACAGCUGUUGGGGGACAGCCAGGAGCAGCAGCAGGGCGAGGAGAGCCACGAAGAGGAGGCUGGUCGAGGGCCAGCUAGAAGUCAGGUUUCUAGCCCCUCUACCGCCACCUCCAGUGCCAACCACCAGCUGAUGAUGCUGGAAGGGAAGCCAGGACCCUACUUUUCCUCUCUGGACUCGAGCAUUGACAUCCUGAAGAAGAGGGCCCAGGAGCUGAUUGAAAGCAUCAACGAGAGCAGGCAGAAGGACCAUGCCCUCAUGACCAACUUCAGAGACAGCCUCAAGAUCAAGGUUUCGGACCUGACAGAGAAGCUAGAGGAAAGGAUGUAUCAGAUUUAUGAUCACCACAACAAGAUCAUUCAGGAAAAGCUCCAAGAGUUUACCCAAAAAAUGGCAAAGAUCAGUCAGCUGGAAACAGAGCUCAAACAAGUGUGCCACACCGUGGAGACCGUGUACAAGGACCUGUGCGUCCAGCCUGAGGCUACUACUUUGGAAGAAGAACAGACCCACAAAGAUGGUGGAUGCUGACAAGCUUGCCAGGAGAGCCCCUCUUAGUGACAGCGCCAAGGGAAGGCUCAGAGGCCACUGUUCGGGCCACGCUGAGAAAAUUGUUUUUCAGAGUUCUGUAAUGCAUCUUGGCAAAAAACAAACCAACUGACCAACCUGAAGCUCCUGUGCCAAGCCCCAAACUGCAGCAAGUCCAGCACCCACCAUGGGCCCAGCUUUGGUGCUCCCAGAUUCACCCCACCCCAACCCCACACAGUUGAUUAAAGGUUUGCU